ACUGUAAUUCCACAUUAGAUCAACAUGGGUUGAUGUAAUACACUAUGUUUUUACUUAGUAAGAUAUUCAUGGCUCCGCCAAAGUCGCCAAGGAAUAUCUACUUCCCAUGGCAGACAAUAUGCGUUCAUCGGACAGGUGCUUUUUUAGAGCGCAAUCGCCUUGCGCUGCGCGUACCUAUAAAUCUAACGAAAUUCGAGAUACGUGAGUACUUGCGUAAACUGUACGGUGCCCAGGUGAUUAAAGUGAACACUUUAAUCAAGGUACCGCGCAUAAAGCGCGACCCCGGCAGUAGGAAGCCUAGAUAUUAUCGCAACGGUCCCAUGUAUAAAAAGGCAAUUGUAACCUUGGAGCACUCUGUGCCUGACGAAGUCAAAAUGAUAGGCCGUGACUUUGAAUUAGGUGUUAAUCCAGCAAUCACCAAAAAGAAUGUACACUAUGGCAAGAAGAAGGACUACAGUUACGUCCCUGAUCGCAGGUUUGACCCAUUUACUGGUGAAGUUGAUUAUGCCUGGAGGCUGCCGUUAGUUAACCUAUUGGCAGAUGACGACUGGGAAACGCAUCCCGAUAUAUGGGACCAAUCUGACCAUCAGCGCAUGGCACCGGAUCCUACGGAACCACAUCUGCACGGUGGUUCCUAUAAGUAUAACAAGAAACCUGACAUUGUACCAGACCAGGUAUAUCCCAUGAUGGACCUCACUCCAUGGCGUCGUAAACUACAGCGCAAAGAGUCUGAGGAAGGAUCUGGCAUAGGCCCUGCCACACCUACUCCUUGGAAGUUUCCCAAGGAACAUUGAAUGUCACUUGGGUACCGGGGCAUUAGAUACACACACUAACAACAUACACAUUGUGUUA